AUGAGACAAACACUGGAAGUCCUUCAAUAUCCUGGUGUUCAAGUAGCUGCUGAUGAAAUCCAUAUCGAUAUGGAAUAUGCGGGCGAUAACGUUCUCGUCUUUGGAAAGCAGAAGAUACAAGUUUUUUUUGGAUGGACUGACCGAAAUUGUCCAUCGCCUCAAAUCCUGGACAGCUAUUGUCUCAGGACCGUAGCUCAUUUAGGUUGGUUUUGGCAAAUCUGUAAUGCGGAAUUAAAAAACGAGUAUUCGGCUGUACAUCGGGGACCUCAGUCGAAAAAUCUGUCCAGUGCCGAAAGGUGUGGUAAUGUAUUGCGUGUACCGUACCGUCGUUUUCCGAAAAUGGACCUGUUUUCCGUGCCCAGUCCAAGCAGCAGCAACAGUGCAAUGAAUAAAUGUUUGGCAAUUUCUUUUUGGAGAGGGCGAGAUGGCCCGAAUUUACUGACCGGAAGAUUCCUGGUUCGAACCCGACCUCUGCCUCUGGACUUCCCCUGUCUCGGCUUGGGUACCCUGGCAGUAUCCCAGCCCUCUUGCUUUCUUUGGGUGGUAUGGCAGCCAGGCACUGAAAUUGUGUUACAGCUGAAUUAUUAUCUUCUAUACAUGGUGUUAACAUGA